ACGCAGCACCGAUAGCAAUCAGGAAACUACAGAACAGGGGCUUCUGGGGGCAGGAAAUGAGGUCUGUGAGCAAAGCGUGCUGGAGUGCACGUUGGGCCAUGCUUUUCCGGGCUCGGGGGUGGUAUCCCUGCUUGUGAGGGUGAGCCAGCUGUUCGCUUCAGCACUGUUGCAUGUUCAGUGAGUGGGAAACAUGAGUGAAUGGCAGAGGAAAAGUCCUUUAGAAUGGCAGACUUAUGUGAACAAAGAAGUAAAAGUCACAGCUGCUGAGAAACAUGAAUACAAGGGAUGGGUCUUAACAGUUGACCCAGUUUCUGCAAAUGUUGUCCUAGUGAAGUUCAUGGAGAAUGGAAAAGUAUGUGUCUCAGUCAUCCUGGGUCACGCUGUACAGAAAGUUGAAACAGUGAAUGAAGGGGAUGAUGAAAUGAAGGAGCAGCUUGCUCACCUAUUCAUGCCAGAAGAGAGCAAAGUUUAUGGCCACGAAGAACUAGAGAAGAAGAAGAGCAGCCUGAAGACUUGGCUGGAGACCAAUCACAUCCCUGUAACAGAACAAGGCGAGUCACAAAGAACACUGUGUGUGGCAGGUGUAUUAACUAUCGACCCACCAUAUGGGCCAGAAGACUGCAGCAGCUCCAAUGAAAUUAUUUUGUCUCGAGUCCAGAGCUUGAUACAAGGCCAUCUUGCAACACAGUAAUAAUGGACAAGUUGACAAACGCUUCUCAUCUAAAACUCUUCUAUUUCAAACAGAGGGAGGUGCUCUUUUUCCCUUAAUUUAAAGAAUUGUUCUAUACUAUUGGUUGACUUAAUUUUCACUGACUGGUGUGAGGGUGAGCAGUACUGUUGUGCGUUAGCCACUCUGGCUGAUUCUGUAUGUGAGGGAACAGAUGGUGGAACAGUCAUAUAACUGAAAGCAGGAAGCAUUUGUAUUAGCUAAUAUUUUGUAUAAAAAAACCAUUAUUUGGUAUGAAUGACAUUUUAUUCUAUGGACUCCUAAUUCUUUAUCUAACGCUGUCUCAGAUGAAAGAUUGAGUUGAUGAAUCUUGUCUUCCUGGCUGUGUCCCUCCCCUCUGUGUCCGCCUUUAAUUGCCUCUCCUACCUGUGGGUGACAAAGAUUGUUGGAGUGGUAAAUACUGAGGAGGACAGGACAGUCAUACGGCACAAUCUAGAUACAGCCACAUUCAAAAUUAUGCAGUUAGGGACAUGGAAUGCAGGCUCCCUCUACAGAAAGCAGAGCCUCUGGAAAAGAUUUAGGGGUCAUAGUGCAAAAACAACCCAAGCUGAGCUCUGAGGGCAAUUCUGUGGCAAAGAGGGCUAAUGUGAUCCUUCGAUGUAUAAACAGGGGGAGUAGAAGGAGGGAGAUGAUUGUACCUCUGUAUGUGGCAUUGAUGAGACCAAUAUUCGAUUACUACAUCCAGUUCUAGUGUCCACAUUUAAAAAAAAACAGUUGAAAAAUUGGAGGGCAGUGAAAAGAGCCACAAAACAUUAUUCAGGGCUGGAGAAAAUGCUGUACAGUAAGAGACUUAAAGAGCUCAAUCUCUUUAGUUUAUCAAAAGAAGACUGAAGUUAUGUCUUUAUUGCAGAGUUAGCCCAGGCUUUUAUCCAGGUAUUGCCCUGACCCACCUCUCAUUCUCUCUCUCUCUCACACACACACACCCCUACCUCUCUCUCUCUCCCUCUGAGCUAAGUGGUGCUUUCCAUCUGGCCUGGUUGGCAGUUUAGGCUGGAGCUCAGCUUUCAUUUCGGCUGGAAAUUUGCCCACUUUGAAGUGAGAACACAGGCUAAGUCAUUUGAGUGCUGACAGUCCUCCAGUGCUUUACCACAAUUCCACCUGUGUGCUCAGGACAGACACGUUCUCUCACAAUUCACUCGGAAAGAAUCAGUGCCACAGCUUACUGCCGAAUAAAGAGCCUUGGGAAGUGCUACUGAUGCAGGUGCAUGAGUGCAGCACCAGUGAGGACAUGGUAACUUGGGUAUGGCUGAGCUGUGAGACUGUAUGUACCUGGGGCAGGCUGACUCAGGGGCCAAUCUCUGAGUGAACUGCAUAGUGUGAGAGGUGACUUGAUUACAGUGUAUAAGUAUCUUCACAGGAAGAAAAUAUCACAUACUAAAGGCAUUUAAUCUAGCAGAGAAAGGCAUAACAAGAACAAAUGGCUGGAUGCUGAAGCCACACAAAUUUCCUAACCUAAUUUCCUUCUCUGAUAGUGGAUGGGGAGCCCUAGUAACACUAAGUCACAAACCCUGUCAAAAAUUCGGUUAGUUCAGUAUGAUUUGUUGUUGAUAGGGUCAGAGCAAAAGCUUGUCUCUCUCACCAACAGAAGUUGGUCCUGUAAAAAAGAUGACCUCAUCCACCUGGUCUCUCUCAUCAUGGAUACUGACAUUUAAACUUUCAUAGGCUUCAGAGCUAUUUCAAUCCUAUAUGAGGUUUUAAAUUUAAAUCAUUGUAAUCUGUUAAUUUCAAUUGGCUUUGAAUUAAGACUCUCAUUAAAAUAAAUAGGGCAUUUCACAUUCUUUUCACUGCA